AUGGACAGCUGGAGACAAAAAAUAGACUUUACAAAACCAGGCAUUCUGCUGCUUGUUCUGUCCGCUCCUAAACUCAUUAAAAACAGCCAGAAGUCUGAUGCCAAUGGGAACCUUUACUGCACAUUACAUAAAUGUAAAAAUAACAGCUAUCAUGGUGUUGCUGACAGGCACAUAUUAAAUGGACUGAUGUGUCCAGAAUCUCCUGUGUCCAUGCUGUCCUCUGAUGAAAAAAGGAAGGCCCAGGGUGACAUUUGGCAAGGUUCCAGCAGCGUAAGCUCUUUGUUUCUUUAUGAAACCCAGUGCACUCACCACUCGCUUAAUAAGGUCUCCUCUCACCUGGUCCUCUAUGUCCUAAGGCCUGGAACCUGUGAACAGUUGCAGAGAAAGGAGUAUGGUAAUUCUGAAGGCGAGAAUUGUGAUUCUAUGAGAGCCGUGACCAACAGGGAUGACUUGGACCAAGGAGUCAAAGUAAUUAUUGGGCAGCUCCAUAAAAGGAGUGAGAAUCAAGCAGGAACCGACAAUGGUGAAGCUCUUCCUGAAUCCAUCCCCUCAGCUCCAGGGACACUGCCUCAUUUCAUAGAGGAGCCGGAUGAUGCUUAUAUCAUCAAGAGCAACCCCAUUGCACUCAGGUGCAAAGCAAGGCCAGCCAUGCAGAUAUUCUUCAAAUGCAAUGGUGAAUGGGUCCACCAAAAUGAACACAUCUCUGAGGAAAGUCUAGACGAGAGUUCAGGCUUGAAGGUCCGGGAGGUUUUCAUCAAUGUCACCAGGCAGCAGGUGGAGGACUUCCAUGGGCCGGAGGACUACUGGUGCCAGUGCGUGGCAUGGAGCCACCUGGGCACCUCCAAAAGCAGGAAGGCCUCUGUGCGCAUAGCCUACUUACGGAAAAACUUUGAGCAAGAUCCGCAAGGAAGGGAGGUGCCUAUCGAGGGGAUGAUCGUGCUGCACUGCCGCCCACCGGAGGGAGUACCUGCUGCAGAGGUGGAAUGGCUGAAAAAUGAAGAGCCCAUUGAUUCUGAACAAGAUGAGAACAUUGACACCAGGGCUGACCACAACCUAAUCAUCAGGCAGGCACGGCUCUCUGACUCAGGGAAUUACACCUGCAUGGCAGCCAACAUAGUGGCCAAGAGGAGAAGCCUGUCAGCUACAGUGGUGGUCUAUGUGAAUGGAGGCUGGUCUUCCUGGACAGAGUGGUCAGCCUGCAAUGUUCGCUGUGGUAGAGGAUGGCAGAAACGUUCCCGGACCUGCACCAACCCAGCUCCUCUCAAUGGUGGGGCGUUUUGUGAGGGAAUGUCAGUGCAGAAAAUAACCUGCACUUCUCUUUGUCCUGUGGAUGGGAGCUGGGAAGUGUGGAGUGAGUGGUCAGUCUGCAGCCUAGAGUGCGAGCAUCUCAGGAUCCGAGAGUGCACAGCGCCACCCCCAAGGAAUGGGGGCAAGUUCUGUGAAGGCCUCAGCCAGGAAUCUGAAAACUGCACAGACGGGCUCUGCAUUCUAGAUAAAAAACCUCUUCAUGAAAUAAAACCCCAAAGCAUCGAGAAUGCCAGCGACAUCGCUCUAUAUUCGGGCCUGGGUGCUGCGGUCGUCGCCGUUGCAGUCUUGGUCAUCGGAGUCACCCUUUACAGACGGAGCCAGAGUGACUAUGGCGUGGACGUCAUUGACUCCUCUGCAUUGACAGGUGGCUUCCAGACCUUCAACUUCAAAACGGUCCGUCAAGGUAACUCCCUGCUCCUGAACCCUGCCAUGCAGCCGGACCUGACAGUGAGCCGCACAUACAGUGGCCCCAUCUGUCUACAGGACCCGCUGGACAAGGAGCUUAUGACGGAGUCCUCACUCUUCAACCCUCUGUCAGACAUCAAGGUCAAAGUCCAGAGCUCCUUUAUGGUUUCCCUGGGAGUGUCAGAGAGAGCUGACUACCGUGGCAAGAACCACUCGGGGACCUUUCCCCAUGGAAACAGCCAUGGCUUUAGCGCAGUGCAUCCCAGAAACAAAACUCCCUACAUCCAAAACCUGUCGUCCCUCCCCACAAGGACAGAACUGAGGACAACCGGUGUCUUUGGCCACUUAGGGGGGCGCCUCGUCAUGCCAAAUACAGGGGUGAGUUUACUCAUACCACAUGGCGCCAUCCCAGAGGAAAAUUCUUGGGAGAUUUACAUGUCCAUCAACCAAGGUGAACCCAGCGAGGAAGUGGUUUCAGAUGAAAGGCAUCAAGGUGGACAGCUACUGGAGGAACCAAAGUUGCUGCACUUCAAAGGGAACACCUUCAGUCUCCAGAUCUCCGUCCUUGACAUCCCUCCAUUCCUCUGGAGAAUUAAACCAUUCACUGCAUGCCAGGAAGUCCCAUUCUCUCGCGUGUGGUGCAGUAACCGGCAGCCCCUGCACUGUGCCUUCUCCCUGGAGCGCUACACGCCCACCACCACCCAGCUGUCCUGCAAAAUCUGCAUCCGGCAGCUCAAAGGCCAUGAACAGAUCCUCCAAGUGCAGACAUCCAUCCUAGAGAGUGAACGAGAAACCAUCACUUUCUUUGCGCAAGAGGACAGCGCUUUCCCUGCACAGACUGGCCCCAAAGCCUUCAAAAUUCCCUAUUCUAUCAGACAGCGGAUUUGUGCUACGUUUGAUACUCCCAAUGCCAAAGGCAAGGACUGGCAGAUGUUAGCACAGAAAAACAGCAUCAACAGGAAUUUAUCUUAUUUUGCUACACAAAGUAGCCCAUCUGCUGUCAUUUUGAACCUGUGGGAAGCUCGUCAUCAGCAUGAUGGUGACCUUGACUCCCUGGCCUGUGCCCUUGAAGAAAUUGGAAGGACACACACGAAACUCUCAAACAUUACAGAAUCGCAGCUUGAUGAAGCCGACUUCAACUACAGCAGGCAAAAUGGACUCUAGUCGACUUCCUCUCAUGAGGCAGAGGGAUGGCCAGCUUUGGGACAUUGCUUUAAAUGGGAAAGAGGCAGGUUUCUACCCAGUGGCAUUUUGGGAAUUCAGCUUUUAUGAUCAGUGAGAUUCCUUGGUUAAAAGAAACUGAAAUUUGUAUAGGUGAAAGAUAUUAGUAGGGAAAAGUCCAAGUUCUUUUAGACACAGGAGAGCUUUACUGUCUCCCUUGAAUCCACAUGCAGGUUAACAGUAGAUGCCACCCUCAGAUUUGGAAUGACAAGGAUAGAAGUGCAGGCAUAUCUGUACUGAAGUAGCUGGGGAAAGAGGUGAGCUAUGAUAAAGCUAGGAGGCAGAGAUUGAUUAAGUGCAUGUUCUGAAACAGGUUUUUAAUGAUAUGCUCCUUAGGACCAGCUGACUCUGGUACCAGAUUGUCCGAGUUUUUCUAUCAACUGGCAUCUGUGAAUUUGGGAAUCAUUGUAAAACUGGUCUUUACAAUGACACAGGAUUGCCAAUCCGUUUUUAUGACUUCACCAUUGUCAAGGAGGAUAUAUAGAAUUUAGAGUCUGAAUCUAUCACACCAGCACCAAAUUCCUGUCUGCACUAGACAAUGCAGACAAGACUGAAGAGUAAGAUAGACCACAAACUAGUUCUUGUAGUAUACCGCACUUUGAUUUGUUCCCAUUUCUUCUGAUCUUCCUUUACCCAAUGGAAUAGAAUGAGUUAAAAGAACAGAAUCAGACCUUUUGAUAUGAAAAUGUAUUCAAUCUGACUUGACAUGAGCAUCUCUCUUCCCAGAUAAACCACCCAAACUGUGGAGUGCUAUUAGAGCACAGCUUAUUAUUACAUUUACAUGAGAUAGUGAAGGUCUAGCUAGGCCAAAGGAUACAUAUGAGCUGCAGAUGUCACAGUUCUUAAACAAGCGGUCAUUGUGGGAGACAGAUGUCAAUCGGUGCAAGGGCAGUUUUGUGAUAAGGGAGCAAGGAGUUUUACUGUGCUUUCUAACCCAAAUUCUAGAAAUGUUCCCAACUUUUCAGUUUUAGGUUCUCACGAAACCCCUUCGCAGGGCUGUAAGUCAUCUUCCUUUUGCCUCAUGGAGAAUUAGCACAUAGUCUUUGUUCUCGAUGAUACUGAUUAAGUAGACCUAAAGAAUACCUCCACCACGGUGUCCCAGGAGCCACAUGAACCCUGCAGGAGCUUUCAAGUUCUGGCUGCUCACCUUCAUCAUAUAGUGUUCUCUAUAGAACUAUUAAUACAUAGCUAUCACUAUAUAAUUCUUUUUUAAAAGAGGAGGUGGCAAUACUAUACAGAAUGAAAAUCUGCAGAUAAUUCAUGACACUCAUCUUAACAGCUGACUCCAUCUUUUUAUCCUAUUUAAGUCUUUCUGUCAAGAUAUCCUAGUAGACUAAAUAUGAACAGAUAAUGCUACCACUCAUCAUUGGUGGAUGUUCCCAUUCGCUGUCCAUAAUCAGGACAACCAAAGUCAAGAGCUGAGAUUCACUACAAGGUAACUAAUCAGCUACUUAGAGCUUGGCUACAUUAGAAUAGGAUAAAAGUAGCCAGGGAAUGAAGGAAAUAAGGAGUACUUGACAAUGGGCAUAUAAUCAGUUUUUUUUAAAAAAAAAUGUUUGUAGAUCCCUUGUUUAAAAAUAUAUAUAUAUAUAUUAUGGAUCUCUUCUCAAGAGGAAAUAGACCUGAAGACAGGUUGAACUUAUGAUACCAUUGGUAAGCAUUGAAGUCUUCAAUGCAUUGGCCAUUUUUUUCUAACUAACGUGUGGUAUAUGUAUGUGGUCCCCUGUUUUAGAUAGAAGGCUUUGCUAUAAUGUAACUCAAAAGCAUUUGCUUUUCUCAGGAACCAAAGGCUUAUUACAUAGAACAAACAAAUCAUCUUUGAACCAUUGAGCAUAUUUUCAAAAUAUCAUGCCUAGGUCAGGAAAACACCCUUUUGCUAGUGUGCUCCACUUGUUUAUUUCUUCUGGGGAACAACUCAGAGACAUUAUGAAAAUGUAAAUCACUUGAUAUUACUAGUAUGACUUUUGAGAGAGAGAGGUGGAAAUAGAUGACCAGUCACAAUACCCUAGAGAGGUGACUGGCAUGACCAGGUGCACAUAGAAUCUGCAUCCGUCUGUUGAGGAAUAACCUGUUUAAGCACAUUGUAGAGCUUAUGUUAAUUUACACCUUGGAGGGUUUUGUUUUAAAUCAUCUUGCACUUUUUUUUUCUUUCCUUCUAAUUGGCCUAAUAAUUCUUUCAUCUAUUCUGUGAUUCCACACAAGUCCUUUGUAGAUUUUAAAAAAUAUUUUAAAAGAGUUGAAACUUACAUGAUUUCCCUUGGAACCUCUCUAGAUUAUUUUAAAAUGAGAUGAGAUUAUGGUUAAUCCCUGAAUGUCUGAAGUUUCCUCUAUUUUGAGGCUUUUUCUUUUGGCCUGGGUUUAUCAACACACUUUAACACUGCAUCACAUAUAGGCAAGGUUAAUAUGACUCACCUCAGAUUUCAGCCCAAGUUUCAUUCAAAUUCAUUUUCUUCCUUUAUAUUUCUUUCUUCAGCUAUUAUACUACGUAGGAUUUCUACAUAAAUGUAUGAAAUUCUGUGGUCAUUGUUAAAGAUCGUGGAGUGCUUUUCAAUAGAAUUUCAAAGAGAACCCAGGGUUCUGAGAUUUAUAGAGCAAGGUGUGUUUGUGAGAGAAAAGGAUUACAGGUUAGACAAAGUCUCAGUUCACAUUUGAACUAGUGGUUAUUUACUGUGACCCAAAGCUUUUUCUAUGAUAUUUACCUGUCAGAACACAAAUACCUCUCUUGAAAGAUAUUUACUCAUUAGUCUAAGCACUUAAUUUGGAGGUAUGAUGGUGUGAGUGCAAAAUGAAGCAAAAAUUAAAAAUGGCCCUAAGUACUUCAGAGGUUAAUUUUUUUAAAAACAUCCCACUUUAUGCCACAUCUCUCAGUUCUCGCAGACAUUUAAUAGUCAUGCUUUAAACAUGCAUGACUAAAAAUUGCACCACCAAAAUGGUGCAAUUCACAGCUUCACCAGACUACAGCAUCAUAAAGUUAAUUUACAGUCUUUACAACAUUGCUUGUGCAGGCUUAAUGGUUUACAUUAGAAUCCUUUAAGCCAAAAGGAAGCUCACAGUAUAGAUUUAAAUGCAACUUCAUUUACCAGUGCAGGAAGUCUCAUAAAAUUCAGAUGUACUCCCACAAAAAAUUUAUUGGCCUUUUUGUAAAAGAUGAAAAAGAAUCCACAGAGUUCUCCUUAAAGAGGGGUACUUUUCUCUCUUUAUUAUUUUUAUUCUGACUACAGAGGUUAUCCUUUGUCAUGGUCCCUGUAUUUUUCUUUCAGUUGGUUUUAAGAGGGAAUGUGAAGUCAAAUCAUUAAAACAAGAUUCUUUUUUGUUAAAAAUCCUGGAUUUACUGCAGUUAUUUUGCUUGACAAAAUUCUCAACACCAGGACUGAUAGAGGUAGAUAGUAACCUGUUAUGAUAGAUUUUAGAUAAUGUUUCUCUACUUGCCAGCUCAUGGCAAAUUUACCAGUGAAUUUCAUAAUGCUAUACAAUCUCUGGAAAUGCAUUUUUCUUCCUUUGACCAUUUCCUCUUCAAUUUCUUGGUCUCUCUGCCCUCUGUGAAUGUGUCGAGUGAUCUAGUUGUCAGACGUGUUGAAGAUGAUGUUAUCUGAGGUCUGCGUUUCAGGUCUGUAAAGGUCACAGGAAGCAGGAAGUUGCUGAGCAACGUGCCUGUCUGGCCCAUUGCGUGGCCCAUUUUCAUUCUGUUUCCUCAUGAAACAUUGCAAGAUUCGAAUCCUUAGUAGCUCCCCAUUGACUGGACUCGAGUUGAUAGCCACAGCAACUGGGAGAGCAAAAUGUUGGCCUGCAGAUGGUGAAAACAUUUUCUUAGCCUUUUGGUGUUCGUUGCCAUAGCACCGUAUUUGAAAGUUGAUGCUUUAGCCAAAAGCUGAAUGGCCACCGUUUUCGUAGUUUCCACUGUUUUGUCUGCAUAGACUUCUUCCUGAACUACAAGCAAAAUCGUAUUUUGUCAAAUGUCACAAAAGUGAAAAUGUUACUAAUCUUAGAUGUGUUGCAUAUUUUGUGUUUUUCCUUUCCAAACUCUUUCAAAAGCUGCAGUUACAAAGCUGUUUGGCUGUAUUGACAGCAUGUGGUGUUUUUUGCAAAAGCAGUUCUAGGAGAGCCAGCGUCUCUCAUGGACUCCUCACAUCCCCACUCCAGGGUCGUCAACACAAGUGAAAUGGCAAUUUAGAAUGCUGUCACUUUUCAAAAGAUGAAAGGGGAUGGAAAUGAGACCUGGCUGUUAGUCACUAGUGUGUAGUACUGUGAUCUGAAGUAGGAAAUUUAACUCACAUAGAAUAAUUGUGGUUUUUGAAGCAGCUACUCAUUGCUUUUUCCUUUUGCUGUUAAGAUCAUGGAUUUGGAAUGUCCUCAUGAGGUGGGCCUAAGACAGUAACAUUUAAACUUCAUGUCUUGGAACCUACCCCCAACUGAACCCAAAGAUUACAAAGGCAGUAAGCUUCAUGUUCAGGCUUAAGCUUAGAAAUUUCCUUCCCUACCCCGCUAUGAUGUUCAGUGGGGUUUCUGUCUUUCUUUCCAGAAAUUUAUAGUUUUGAUUACAGAAUAUGUCACUGAAAUUGGUAAUAUAGUUCUUUGCAUGAAUGGAAAUAUGUAUAAAUAUUCUUUUGCAAAAGACCUGAUUACAAUGAAGAUGCCUUGUGUCUCAGAUUUUGCUAACUGUACAAAAACACUUCAUUUACUUCAAGCAUUAUUUAUACCUAAAUUCCAAAAGCGAACAAUGUUCAAUUCCCUAAAAAGUUAGUAUCUAUGGCAAGUAGAGAUUUAGUUGUGUUUCUGGUGAAUCAUCACAGGAGGGAUGUUAGUUGAAGGGGUGAUAAGUAGAAUAUCAUGCCUUAGGACUAACUCACCUUGAUAAAAAACACAGGUAUUCCAAUAAGAAUUGGGUCAAGCCAUUCUAUUAUGUAUGGCACCAUUCCCCAGUUCUGAUAGUGCUGAGAGGGAGAUCUCAGGAUGCAGCCACUGAGCCUUAACCUAGAGAAACUGAGAACCACCCUUCAGUAACAUCAAGGCUCCUCCUAAUGCAUCAUGCUCCCACUCAACACAUCUCUGCAAGAAGGUUGGGAAACACUCAGACAGCCAGAAUUUUCUGGUCAGGAGCACAGCUAUCUCCUUUUAUAAAUUGGAAUACAGACAGUUUCCAUUCUUCACACUUGCAUCCAAUCGACACAUGCACUCAAAUCCUGACCUGGAAAUCUUGCAAACAUAAGCAGGUAGAAGGAAGCUGGCUUCUUCUCCUAGCCCAAAUUAAAAACAAACAAACAAAAAACAUGAAUUGUUGUUUACCUCCGUUUUUGUAUGGAAGAAUUUAAAACAGGUUUUAUUUUGUUCUCUGUAUUUUGGGGAAGGUACCUGGGGGUGUUCUUGCAAGUGAUUCAUAUCUCAAACCCAUACCACUCUCAACUUUUAUUUGAUGUGUUCAAAGCCAAACUAAAUGAGUACAAUUUGAAAAGUGGGGCUGAACACUAAAUUUGACAUGAAGCUGAAGGAGUGAGCAAGCCGGGGAAGAGAGUUUGAAUAAAGCAUGGCCUUGGCUUCAUACCACACUUUUUGUGCCUUGUAUUAUCAAUGUAAAUUCUGAAUGUUGUACAGUAAACUUGGAUGGACUUCUUAGAGAAGGCUGCACUGGCUUCUUUUCAGCACAUGUACAGAUCUAUAAAUAUAUAUACAUAUAUAUUUGGUAAUGCCAAACAGUUGUGUUAUAUUGUACUGAACAAAAUGGACAGUUGGAUGUUUUAUGUAGAGUUCGAAAAAAAACUGAAUGGUUACAGACUUUUCAAGAUAAAUGUACAGCGUAAAUUACCGCAUAUCAGUUAUUUAUGAAUAAAGAGUCUUUUAUUGACA